GAAUAGAACGUAGCAUCAAGUCUUGGGCAGCCGUAACAUUCAAUAUGGCAUCCGUUGUAGUUGUAUUUGUGUGACUCUUAACUAAAAUGCCCUUAGUUUUGAAGGAAUCGUAAUAAACUAUUGGAGGAUUGACAUUUUAGACCAGAUUGAAGUUAGUAGAUUAUAGACAAUGGGAAAGCAUAAUAGCAAAUUGAAACCGGAAGUAUUAGAAGAUCUUAAACAGAAUACCGAGUUUUCAGAUGCAGAAAUACAAGAGUGGUACAAGGGAUUUUUAAAAGAUUGCCCCAGUGGCCAUCUUAGCGUAGAAGAGUUCAAGAAGAUUUAUGGAAAUUUCUUCCCGUAUGGUGACGCAUCAAAGUUCGCCGAACACGUGUUCCGUACGUUCGACGCGAACGGCGACGGCACGAUCGACUUCCGAGAGUUCCUGUGUGCGCUGUCGGUGACGUCACGCGGCAAACUCGAGCAGAAGCUCAAGUGGGCGUUUAGCAUGUACGACCUUGACGGCAACGGAUUCAUAUCGAGGCAGGAGAUGCUUGAAAUUGUCACGGCAAUCUACAAGAUGGUCGGCUCAGUGAUGAAGAUGCCGGAAGACGAGUCGACGCCCGAGAAGCGAACCGACAAGAUCUUCCGGCAGAUGGACAAGAACCAGGACGGCAAACUGUCGCUGGAGGAGUUCAUAGAGGGCGCCAAGUCAGACCCCUCCAUCGUCAGGCUGCUGCAGUGCGACCCGCAGGCCCAAUGACUCCUCACCUAGACUGCUCUGCUAGCUGCUGGCCUGCCUUGAAAACGACUAACCUCCUUCCUCACAUGGAUGCAGAUCACAUGCAAAUCUAUGUGCAAAUGCUAGUUGCUGCACACCUAUUGGCAAGCAUCAUGACAUUUGUAGAUUAUUACAUUCAUAUUGUCGUGUGAAUUGCAUCAAAGGUGUUGAUUAGUGUAUUGAAAUUUGCAGAUCACUUCAUGGUAAUGAAUUUAGGUAAUUGUGGAUUACAUCAAAGAUAUUGAAUUGAAUGUUUAAAUUAGCAGAUUGGCUUGUGAAUGGGUAAAUUGCUUGUAACUGAACUAGGGAGGAAUUUUUCAAUUUGCUAGUUCACUCAACACAGAAAAUGAUGAAAAAUCUCAAAUUAUUGUACGAUAGGAACAAUAGCCUAUAUAUAAAUUUUUAUCGUUUUCUACUGACAUUUUGUUCAUCCAAACAGCAAGGAAUUUAAAUAACAUUGAAGAAUUUUAGUCUGAAAAAUUCUGUAGGCCUAUAGAAAUAUUUUUCACAGAUUUAUUAAAACAGAUUUAUUUUCAGGAAAAUGAUGACUAUGUCUUCCCCACUUUUUUGAUGUGAUCUGUAUCCAUGAUGUUAUUCGAUUUCAGCUUAUGGAAUGUCUUGACAAUGUUGAGAACUGUACUCGACGAUUGGUAAAGUUUAGCAAUGCGUUCACGAGAUUGAGUCAAUUACAGGUUAGGUGCCCCCGUGCCCCCCCCCCUGUGCCCUGCUUGUUUCCGCAACUCUUCCCUAUCUCCCUACCAACACCCCCACCCCCACCCAUCACUUUUCACAAGAGAUUUGAACCGAUUCCCCCCCCCCCAUCACUGACAAAGCAUAGUAGUUCUGCAGACUUGUACAGAAAACUCACAUGCUGAGCUGAGCGGCACGAUACCAUUCGCGCUCUUUGUUGUUUCGCUCGUUGUUGAUAAUAAUUGUUGACUCAAAUUUAUUGAUUGUUGUAAGUGUGAUUUGAGAAUUUUCGCUUCAUUUGAAACUCUAUUUUCGAUAGAAUAUAACUCGUAUUAUAAGUAAGAGUUGAAAAUUCAAUAAAGUUACAAUUUUCAGAAAACUAGUGUAACGAAUAGUUUAGAAGAUUGACGAUCAUACACUUGUAACCUACGAAUUAUCUGAUAACUUUGAAAUUUGAUUAAAUGAUUCUAUAUAUUUUUUCAUUUGCGCUGUUUUUAUCGGAUAGAUUCGUAUAAGUAUUUUUCAGUUUGUCGAUUUGUGUAAGCUCUUCAUCCAGUAGUCAAAUGAGCUUGUGAUUUCUUCCAUUCGUGUUACUUGAUUGUUUCUUGUGCAAAACGUUUUCUAAUAGAAGUGAAAUUGAUUAUGAGGAAUGCAAGUGUGCUUCAAGUUUAAAGUUUCAUUUGUUGAAUAGUAUAGUUAAGUACUGUAUAUCAUACAAUUUCUCUAUAAUAGCCUAUGUAUUCAAUCUAUCUAUAACCAUCUACUGCUAGAUACAGAAUUUUAAAAUUUAUUGUAAAUUGACUUUUUUGAAAAUUGUACUUUCUAAAUACCUUACUCUGUAUCAUUGUUAUGAAUACUAUUCUGCAAGCAAUUUUUUACUAUUUAAAAAAUGUCAUGUGUGAAUUUCUGAAUCCCAAUUUUUUUAGUACAUGUAUAUAGGCCAUCAAAUUUUAUCAAGUUCAUCCAAAACACAAAACCUUGAUAUCUGUAUAUUCACAAACAUACAUCUAUUUAAACUAUAGUCAGAAAAAGUAUUCAAUUCCUCAGUUUCUUAACAUAAUUUACUGUAUAUUUAUCGCGUACUAUAUUUUAGAAUAAUUUGUAAAUAUAACAUACCCUUUUUGCAAAGAAGUCAUGAACAUAUUCAGAUAGAUCUCAUAAUCACAACACUGUACCGUUUCUACUUGAAUGAAUUGAUCCUAUUAAAAGCAUCAGCUCUUGAUAAACUAAGAAUUAUUUAUUGAAGUAUGCAUCCAUCUUUGGAAUUGAUCCUUAUUUUCAAUAUCUUUUCGAUUCUUUAUAAUUCAAAUUGAAACUCUGCUUGAUUAAAAUACAGUUCCUUUAGCAAAUGCAAUGCCGGUAUUUCUCAUUUUAUUCCUGGCCUAUUCCUACAUCUUCCCUCGUUUAUUUAAAAUUAUGCUUCCAAGGCUCUAUUCUAACUCAAAACCUGUCUAAUUUGUGUUGCUUGAUAUUAUUAUAGUUGCUUGAUAAUACUCAAGAUGAUAUUAUAAGAGUAGCAUUACUCGUCUUCCAAGAUUAAAUUAUUAUUUCAUAAGUAGUACUCAAAUAUAUAUAUUUUCACAUGCAAGUCUGCACCCAUUCGCCUCCAUUGUACUUUUCUACUCGUACUUAUCUUUGUGUGAUGUGUGAAUCACUUCUUGAAUAAUAUCCAAUCAUUUGAACUUAUAAUUGAAUUUAAAAAUACAUUUUCAAAUUCAUAAAAUUUUUCACAUUUCAUUUAAGUUUUCUGUUUCAAACAUUCAUCAAUAAUAUUUCUCCAAUUUAUAAAAAUCUGUUUCUCCUUGCCCUAGAUGACAGAUAAUAUGAAUUUAAACCUUGGGAUUCAGAAUAUAGUUGUCUAAUGAGAAUUAAUGCGUUCAAACUUAAGCUAACCAUCUAUCAGUCCUAAAUUUUUCGUGCAUUGAAUUGUACAUUUAUUGAAUGUGCUCUUCUUUGUGUAUGAAAGUGAUGAGAGAUGAUUUUGGUGACUAGACGAAAGGUACUAAACUAAAAACAAAUGAUAUAGUUUAUCAAUUUGUGUAAAACCCAUCUAAAACGUUUUUCGAUAGCAGCUUCACAAUAUCUACUCAACUCAAAAGCAAAUAAUUGUAAUGAAAUGAUUUUCCGUGUACAAAAUUUAAACAACGAAUGAAAGGUUUCAUUAUUGUUACUUUAAGAUUAUUUCUAUUGUAGGGUGCAUAGGUUUUGCUCAAACUACUCGUCUCAUAGUAGUGAAAAUUUUCAAACUGUAGGUUUUUAUUUUAGUACUAUCAGUUGAUUUCUAUAGCUGUGCAUUCAACUUACGAUAUAUCAAAUUUUGGUUGAUUGGAAUGAUGUUCACGUUAAUCUUUUAUUAGUCACGAGCUAGAUGAUAUUUUUUGAUUGAAUACCUUAUUUGAAUAAUGUCGUUUUUUCAUUCGCAAUCAUUUGUUUUGAAGGUGCUUUCCAAGCAUCAACUGCAUCACUCAGGGUUUGAUGGUUUGGUUUUAAUGAUUUGCUGUUCAUGUUCUUUGAUGAAAUCACGAAAUGUACUUAAUAAAAUGUCAUUAUCUUGCUGUAUAAUGACCAUGUCAUUCUUAUAAGUGUUAUUUAGAAGAAAUGUCAUAUCAAAAGUAUUAAAUGUGCCCUACAGGGCUAAAUUAAAUCAGUGCUUUAGUCAUAUUUCAUAGAGUAAGAAUAAUGUUUGUAUUAUGUCUAGUCUUAAAUUUUGAUUUGAACUGUUUUAGGCUAUUCUACCUUGCUUCUUUAUUUGUAUGUAUGAAUGUUGUCGAGUCUGUAUCUGAGUGUGAGUCAGCACAUAAUUAUCAUAGAGAUAUAAUGUGUUUUAGUGUUAUUUAAUACUUCUUGUGAACGAUGGUAUUUGAUGAUUUGUGGACACUAGAAAAAAUUUUCAUAGUAUGAAUGGAAUGAUAUUCGUGUCUUGUAUUUGAUUUCUAAUAUUAAAUAAAUUUUAAUACAAUAAAUGAUGAACUUAAUGGAUUUUAAUAUUUGGAAAUUUGAUCUUAAACUAAAUUUCUACUAGCAUCAUACUAUGAAAUCAACAGAUUUCUCAAUUCAAAAUUUAUUAAAAUGUUUGGUGCUUGCCAUAAUGUACAUAAUUGUCUUACCGUUUCUAUCAUUUCAAUAUUUUAGACUUUUGUGGGUUUUAAGUGCAUUUUUAUUAUUUCAAUGAAGAAGAAAUAAAAGUAUGAGAUAAUUCUGUAGAUAAUUAAUCUACCACGGAGUCUCUGAACCUAGAUUUAUUAUUUCAGAUUUUCAAAUGAAAAUAUAGCUUCUCAUACAUUUUCUAAUGGAAUAAAUGAAGCAUUAAAAUAUUAAGAGUGAAGUAUAAUGCGGGGGCGGUUUCAAAUACAUAUAUCCGGUACAUAAUUUAUUUAAUAAUAUAAAAAGCUGUUCCGAAAUAAGUUGUUAUUCUAAUAUAUUAUUUCAAAAUUACUCCCGCAUGACUGUAAACAUCUUAUUUUAAAUUGGCAGACUUCUCCAAGUAAGGUGGAAAAUUAAAUUAAUUUAUUGAUAGGAUUGUAAUAAAAGUUGUUGAGAACUUUUAUUUUUCAAGAUUCCAUUUUACAUCACCAAACCUCUUGUCGAUCCCUAUUGAUAGGGGCGUCAACAAUAUUAUUUUUUUCACAUGAAGUCAGUACACAGAGCAAUAAUUCAUUGAUUUAAUAAUUAAAGCAAUUGCAAUACAGCAGUAAUACCUAUGCAAUAAUUUCUAAUUCUUAAAAUUGUUAUAGUAUUUCUAAUAGCGUCAAUUUACCGAAGAUACUUUUGAUUGCAGAUUUUACAAAUUUCUGUUGAUUUGUUAACUUCUAUACUGUUGGAUAGGUUGUGCUUCAGUUCAAGACCUAAUUGUUGAAUGCUAUUCCACUAAACUGUUUAAUCAAAUUUCAGUUCUAAAUUUUCUGACUCAUUUAGUUGAGAACUAUUUUUUUCUGAAACCGGGUGAUGGAAUGUAGGCUAUAACACUCGUAACGUGAACGGCACAAAGAGAAAUGCACAUAAAAAGACCUCUAUUCUAUCAAAAGUGAUGAUUUAAUAAUGAUUACAAGAAUAAUUAAUUGAACGUGCUGAAAAGCAUUGAGAUGUUAUGAAAUGUUGUCCAGUAUUUAUUAAUAUCAAAUAUAUAUUCGUGUACAUAGUAAAUUGAUAUGAUAAUAGUGAUGUUCUUAUGAAACUUAAAUUUACAGAAGGUUCAUUAUAAUUAUGUAUUAUUAUCAUUGUCAUUAUUAUUACUAUUACCAUUCAGUGCAUUAAAGUGUUGACAUUGA